CGCCGAGUUGGACCAGCAUGUGGAAGGACAGCUCUCAUGGCUGCAAUCACGUAGGGAGCUCCUACCUGGAUGACACUUGGAGUGGGACGCUUUCUGUUUGUUUUGCUCUGUUUCAGAAGGUCCUGUGCAAGUCUCUCAUCCGUGUCAGUGUGACUCGUGGUGGUUUUUGCACACCCUGCUCCCAGUGGGGGAGUGCCCUGACGUGCCUGUCUUAUGUGGCCUCUAUGGACACACUGCUCAGCUGGCAGAGAGCAGGGAAGUUUUCUCCCAGCACCCAAAAAGAGAAAGAGGAAACUACUUUUUCCUUCUGGGCUUCUUGCAACACAAUAGAUCAGGAUAAGCUUCCACAUUCCCUCCCUGGAUUUUCUGGAGUAGUUUCCAGGAAGAAGUUAAGCCUUCACCUUUAAAUGGAUGACCAUGUCACCAUCAGGAAGAAACAUCUCCAAAGACCCAUCUUUCGACUAAGAUGCUUAGUGAAGCAGCUUGAAAAAGGUGAUGUCAAUGUCGUAGACUUAAAAAAGAAUAUUGAAUAUGCAGCAUCAGUGUUGGAAGCAGUUUAUAUCGAUGAAACAAGAAGAUUGCUCGACACUGAAGAUGAGCUCAGUGACAUUCAGACUGACUCGGUCCCAUCGGAAGUCCGCGACUGGUUGGCUUCUACCUUUACACGGAAAAUGGGGAUGACAAAAAAGAAGCCAGAGGAAAAACCUAAAUUCCGAAGCAUUGUGCAUGCUGUCCAGGCAGGAAUUUUCGUGGAAAGGAUGUACAGAAAAAGCUAUCACAUGGUUGGUUUGGCAUAUCCAGCAGCUGUCAUAGUAACAUUAAAGGAUGUUGAUAAAUGGUCUUUUGAUGUAUUUUCCCUAAAUGAAGCAAGUGGCGAACAUAGUCUGAAGUUUAUGAUUUAUGAACUGUUUACCAGAUAUGAUCUUAUGAACCGCUUCAAGAUUCCUGUUUCUUGCCUAAUUGCCUUUGCAGAAGCUUUAGAAGUUGGUUACAGCAAGUACAAGAAUCCGUAUCACAAUUUGAUUCAUGCAGCUGAUGUCACACAAACUGUGCAUUACAUAAUGCUCCACACGGGUAUCAUGCACUGGCUCACUGAACUGGAAAUUUUAGCAAUGGUCUUUGCUGCUGCCAUUCAUGAUUAUGAGCAUACAGGGACCACAAACAACUUUCAUAUUCAGACAAGAUCAGAUGUUGCCAUUUUGUACAACGAUCGCUCUGUCCUUGAGAAUCAUCAUGUGAGUGCAGCUUAUCGCCUUAUGCAAGAAGAAGAAAUGAAUAUCUUGAUAAAUUUAUCCAAAGAUGACUGGAGGGAUCUUCGGAACUUAGUCAUUGAAAUGGUAUUAUCUACAGAUAUGUCCGGUCACUUCCAGCAGAUUAAAAAUAUAAGGAACAGUUUGCAGCAGCCUGAAGGGCUUGACAGAGCCAAGACCAUGUCCCUGAUUCUCCAUGCGGCAGACAUCAGCCACCCAGCCAAAUCCUGGAGGCUGCACUACAGGUGGACCACGGCCCUCAUGGAGGAGUUUUUCCUACAGGGAGAUAAAGAAGCUGAACUGGGACUUCCAUUUUCCCCACUUUGUGAUCGCAAGUCAACGAUGGUGGCCCAGUCACAAAUAGGUUUCAUUGAUUUCAUAGUAGAGCCAACAUUUUCUCUUCUGACAGACUCAACAGAGAAAAUUGUUAUUCCUCUUAUAGAGGAAGCCUCAAAAGCCGAAAGUCCUAACUAUGGAGCGAGCAGCUCAGCCACCCUCGUGGGACUGCACAUUGCCGAUUCCAUGAGACGCUCAAACAUGAAGGGCUGCGUGAGUGACGGCAGCUGCUCCCCGGACUACUCGCUGGCCGCCGUGGACCUCAAGAGCUUCAAGAACAACCUGAUGGACAUCAUCCAGCAGAACAAGGAACGCUGGAAGGAGCUGGCCGCGCAAGGUGAACUUGGUCUUCAUAAGAACUCAGAAGACUUAGCAAACACUGAAGAAAAACAUUCUGACACACAUCUGUAGGACUGAAACACCUUGAAGGCUUCUGUCAUUUUAAACAGGAGAGGAUGAUGAAAACAGCACUAAAAAACAUCCUAAGUCCUCAAUUUUCCACAAAACUAUGUUCUCUUUCAGCCUAUAACUGGAUCAGGCCAUUUUAAUGAACUCCUGUAGAAGGAAUAAGAAGAACACACAUUUUAAGCUAGUAACUGGUCAAAUAAAUACCUUGAAGUUUCUAUGGGAGCUUUUGGCCAGUGCUUCUACCAUUGUUAUUUUCUUCACAAUUUGGCCUUCUUCAAUCAAGUCAGAGAAAUUUUUAAGACAAAAGUUGGGCAGUUUUAAAUUUGCUUCACUUUUAACCCUGUCAUGUGGCUGUACAACACAUGUGCAGAAGAUGAAGCAUUUUAAAUGUACUUUCUUGCAUUUUCUGAAAGAGUGCUCUAAAUGCAAAUUUUUAAAGGUCUUAAAGAAAAGCAAAAGAAUGAAGUGGAAAAAAAUAUUUUUUGGCAGCACCAGGGAACAGGCUGUUUAGAUUGUCCUUAUUUUAAUGCAUGGGAACAAAAGGAGAGUCAGGGCUGCCCAGGAGCUGCAGCUGAAUUGGAACGUGGCAAGGGUACCCUCACUGUGGGUGGCUCAGCAGCCUGAUGGACACUCAGUGUAAAGCUUAAGCUGGGAAAAGGCAGCAGCGCAGCCUUACCUGAAGCCUGGCACCAGCUGCCUCAUCCCUGUGAUUGCAUCACCUACACAGCAUCGUCACAAUGAAGUUACACUUUACCAAGAGCACCCAGUAACAGCCAUUGCUGGAGAUGGACACUCAGAGAAUGGAAUUUGUCUUCUGGGGUAUUGAUCCCAUCUGGAUGUAAUAGAAUACAUUACAAGCCAAGGGAUAGAACACAAAAAGUGUUUGUGUUCAUGUGUGUACAUGUAUUUAAAAAUGUCUGUAGAAAUGGAAGCCCACACUUUUCUGUAGAAAUAACAUUAUUUGAUGUGACUGUUUAAUUUUACUGAAGGAAAACAAACUGCAACCCUCAGAAGUCCUGCCUCUUGUCAUGUGUUGCCUGAGCAUGUGCAAAGCCCUCCCUCUGCUACAAAUUGAAAAACUACCUUUAUUUGUUAUUAGCUGACAAGAAAGGGCAAGCACCAUUUAGUGUUACAGCAUUUCACUGUACGAAUGUUUCAAUGACUGUGAGCUUAAGUGAAUUUGUCUGUGUGAGAGGUAGAAAUAGGAUGGAAAGAAUCGAGAAUAGCCAUCAGUUACCUGACAGAAAGGAGGAGAAUCCAUCCAUUCUAACGAGUUGCUGGUUGCACCUGCUUCCUUCCUGGGUUCCACAAUGCCCAGCAAUACUAGAAAUGGAUGCAAUCAGAAGAUUUUCAGCCUAAGUGGUGAGAUUUUAUAGCUCACACUUAGAUCUCUUUUCAAGUGUAAGCCAUAUUCUACAUGCAUAUUUAGUAUGCAUCAUUGUAAUUUAAGAUAUAUUUGUGUGUGGACAGUAUAAAAUGCUUUUAAACAUUCUGUGAAUAUGAUCCUUAGCUUUAGUUUCCUCUGAAUCUUGUGCAGAACACAGCUAAAUAACCGAAUUGUAUCAUAGAAAUUACAAUACAACUGAUAUUUUUAAAUGUAAGCAGUAAAGAGUGAUCUAUAAUAAUGUGCUGGGGGAAGAUUUAUAGAAAUGCACAUCAUGGUGAGUUUUUGUCCUUUAAAAAUGAACUUUUUAUUUCUAUUUAUGGAUAAUCUCUAACUACUGCUUUUAAAGUCUUUUUUUUUGAUGAGGUAUUUUUCAUCCAGAAAAUACUCUGCAUUUAAAAUAGAACAUGAUUGGGAAGUAUAAUUACUAUGAUUCCUACUUGAGCCAGUUCUUUCAGUGAAGCUGUGGACUCUCUGAGGGAGGAAUACAUUGCAACACCACUUCUCCAAUGGUGUUUGAAGCAUCCACUUUGUUCCUCUUCAUACAUUAAGAUCUCUAUACUUUGAUAUUAGAAAUAGAGGAAUAUAAAGAUUUGAACCAAUUUCUGUGUUUGGGCUUGAGCCUACUUUUCCAGGGUAUGUGACUCACAAAGCCCUGUGGCUGCCCUUGCAGAAGGAGUGGGGAAGACAUGCCUUGUAUUCAGAGUUGGCAUGCUUCUUGAGGCACCUAGCCUUUCCCUGUCCUCCCACCUUCCCUAUCCCUCUGCCCUUUUUCAUUUUCCAUAUUACUUCCUUCCUCAUCUCCCACUCGCUCUGUAAGACAGCUGUGAUUUGGCACUAUUUAGUGAAAGUUGGAUGAGGUUGGCACUAUCUGACAGGAAGUUAGGUGGAGAUUACCUGCAUCCUCCCUUCUGCAAACACCAACGUGGGGUCCAGUCUCCAAAGAGGGCUGAUGAGUUAGGCUGCUGUACCUGGAAUAUCCUGCUUUGCAUUUGUAGCCCAAGCUGAUUGACAUAUAUAUCCUGCAAGGUCAUAUGCCUUUCAUUUAACCAGAGCCUCUUUAAUUUAAUUUUUAACUUGACAAUCUAUAAUUCUUGUGUUUUUAUUAUGCUGUAAUUCUCUGUAUUUCCUAUUGUAUAUGAUUGCUAAAUAAAUCAUAUUUGUUGGACAGUAUCAUA